UCAAAAUGCUCGCAGGGAUAUAAUUCUAGAAAUUAGGUAACCUCUAAUCUGGGUCGUAAAAUUCUCUUGCGAUGUAAAGCGUUUCGAAUUUAUACGGAUUCCAUGUCGAUCGGAUUUUGAAUUAACGGCCAAUCCAUGUUUUUGUGUGGGAGGAGACAGAUCAAAACUCUGUGUCUCUCUCUGCCAACGAUCAGAUUAUGUUCACAGAGUAAAUUACCGCAGUAACUGACCCAGAGUUUAAAUUACCACUCUUUCUGGAACGGAUAACUCAGAGUUUCCCUUGUUUCCGGGGUAAUUUACUCAAGAGUUUCCACAGAACCCGCUUUCUGGAAUAAUCCCCCGGUCGUCACGUUCAAGAUUGCAUUGUGUUAGUAUCAUUAAAAAAAAAAAGUAGGAUGAGGAAGAAGACGACGAAGAAGAGAAGAAACCGCAGCCGGUUAGACGCAGAAGAAGAAGGAGGCGGAAAGAGACGCAGACGAGAACGAAGCAAAGCAAACGCAGUCGCGUGACCGCAGAGCCUAAUGCCGCCGCCGUUGUGUUUCUCCCAUUAUGGCGGAGUGGGCAGCAGCGCGGAUGGGUAGUGCCUCCCAUUCGGAUGUUUUUUCCUGAAAGCCUUUCAUACUCCUUAAAGUGGCUUUUCCCGCAUCGACCCUACGUCCCCUCCUCUCGUGUGAUUUUCGGCAAAGUCAUGGCAGACUGCGGCGUGGAUUUAUACGCCCUGCCGAAGGAGGUUCGAGACCAAUUGGCGGAGUUGGACUUGGAACUGUCCGAAGGUGACAUCACACAGAAAGGUUUUGAGAAGAAGAGAGCCAAGCUGCUGGCUUCCUAUUUGCCAAAUGCAGAUGUGAUUCUGCCAGAUGUGCAGCUUUCUGGGGGCCACAGUGGUGAGCCCAUGACUAGUCCUGAGGCCUCGGGCCCCUCCACAUCUUCAGCCUCCAAACACCAUCGUACACACCGAAGUGGAGGGGCCAGAGAUGAACGGUAUAGAUCAGACAUUCACACAGAAGCUGUGCAGGCAGCACUAGCCAAACACAAAGAGGAGAAGAUGGCCCUACCCAUGCCAACCAAGCGACGCUCAGCUUUGGUCCAGUCUCCUGGUGAUGCUUGCACACCUCCAGACACAUCUUCUGCAUCAGAGGAUGAGGGCUCACUGCGCAGAAAGACCGCCUUCAGUGUGGCGCUGGCCCAGGGGCUGCAAAGUCCUGAUUACUGGAUCAACCAUUCCGUCCAAAGCUCCUCCACUUCCUCAUCUGCGUCCUCUACACUGUCCCACGGAGAGCCGAAAAGCCAGCCCCAGCCCCAGCCUCAGCCCGCUGCUUCAGUGCUGGCCGAUGUACUAGCCCACAUGCACAUUGAGAACAGUGUUUCUCCAGAUGUGACAUCAUCUGCCACUGCCCAGGACAGAGGCUUGAGAAUGGACCUGCCUCCAGCUGUCAGGGGCAUGAGCCGUGGACAGAGCCGUUCUAGCAUGCUUGAUACUGCUGAUGGUGUGCCUGUCAACAGCAGAGUGUCCACUAAGAUUCAGCAGUUGCUAAACACGCUCAAACGGCCUAAAAGACCACCACUCAGCGAAUUCUUCCUCGACGACUCUGAGGAAAUAGUUGAAGUUCCCCAACUAGACCCCAAUACCCCAAAGCCAGAGGGUCGUCAAAUCAUCCCAGUAAAGGGGGAGCCCCUCGGUGUUGUCAGUAAUUGGCCUCCUGCCCUGCAAGCAGCUUUAGCCCGCUGGGGGGCCACCCAGGCCAAGAGCCCCGCACUCACGGUGCUAGACAUCACUGGAAAACCCCUCUACACUCUCACAUAUGGCAAACUGUGGAGUCGCAGUCUGAAACUGGCUUACACGCUGCUUAAUAAACUGGGCACAAAGACGGAACCUGUGUUACAACCUGGAGAUAGAGUCGCACUGGUUUACCCAAACAGUGACCCCAGUAUGUUCUGGGUUGCAUUCUAUGGCUGUUUGUUGGCUGAGGUCAUCCCUGUGCCUAUUGAAGUACCACUUUCAAAACAAGAUGCAGGGAGCCAGCAGAUUGGUUUCCUCUUGGGCAGCUGUGGCGUCAGUCUGGCACUGACCAGUGAAGUGUGUCUCAAAGGGCUGCCCAAGACACAAAAUGGAGAAAUCAUCCAAUUCAAAGGAUGGCCCAGAAUGAAAUGGGUGGUGACAGACACCAAGUACCUGACCAAACCUUCCAAAGACUGGCAGCCUCAUAUUCCCACCGCCAACACAGACACUGCCUACAUCGAGUACAAAGCCAGUAAGGAGGGGACCGUGAUGGGUGUGGCUGUGUCCAAGAUCUCCAUGCUGACUCACUGUCAAGCCCUGACACAAGCCUGUAACUACUGUGAAGGUGAGACUUUGGUCAAUGUGUUGGACUGCAAAAAAGAUAUGGGCUUGUGGCAUGGCGUCUUAACGAGUGUCAUGAAUAGAAUUCAUACUAUUACUGUGCCGUAUUCCGUCAUGAAAGCCUGUCCCAUGUCCUGGGUGCAGAGGGUGCACAUUCACAAAGCACGUGUGGCCUUGGUUAAGUGCCGUGACAUUCACUGGGCAAUGAUGGCCCAUAAAGAUCAGAGGGACACCAACCUGUCCUCCAUACGAAUGCUUAUAGUGGCUGAUGGAGCAAACCCAUGGUCAGUGUCAUCAUGUGAUGCCUUCCUGAAUGUGUUCCAGUCUCACGGUCUAAAGCCUGAGGUCAUCUGUCCUUGUGCCACCUCGCCAGAAGCCUUGACGGUGGCCAUUCGCAGACCCGGGGCGCGAGGAGCUCCUCUACCAGCCAGAGCUAUCCUCUCCAUGGGCGGGCUGAGCCACGGUGUGAUCAGAGUGAAUACGGAGGACAAGAAUUCGGCUCUCACUGUCCAAGACGUCGGACACAUUAUGCCUGGAGCUCUGAUGUGCAUCGUGAAACCAGAUGGCUCGCCUCAGCUGUGCAAAACGGACGAGAUAGGAGAGAUUGUUAUCAGCUCCCGAGCGGGGGGCACUAUGUACUACGGUCUUCCUGGGGUCACCAAGAACACUUUUGAGGUAAUCCCUGUCAACCAAUCUGGAGCACCUUUAGGAGAAGUUCCCUUUACCAGAACUGGUUUGCUUGGAUUUGUUGGCCCAGGCAGCCUGGUAUUUGUUGUGGGCAAAAUUGAAGGGUUACUAAUGGUGAGCAGGCGACGCCACAAUGCUGACGACUUGGUGGCAACUGCUCUUGCCGUCGAGCCUGUCAAAACAGUUUACAGGGGGAGGAUCGCUGUGUUUUCAGUGACUGUUUUUUAUGAUGAGAGAAUUGUGAUCGUGGCAGAGCAACGGCCAGAUGCCAGUGAGGAGGACAGCUUCCAGUGGAUGAGUCGAGUUCUGCAGGCCAUUGACAGUAUCCACCAGGUGGGUUUAUACUGCCUUGCACUGGUGCCUGCCAACACCCUCCCAAAGACGCCUCUCGGUGGCAUCCACGUCUGCGAAACCAAGCAGAACUUUCUAGAGGGAAACCUACACCCUUGCAACAUCCUCAUGUGCCCACACACCUGCGUCACCAACAUGCCCAAACCACGGCAGAAACAGCCUGACGUUGGUCCAGCGUCUAUGCUAGUGGGCAAUCUAGUGGCGGGAAAACGUAUUGCACAGGCUACAGGCAGAGAACUGGGUGUGUUAGAGGACCAGGAUCUGAUUCGUAAGCACCAGUUCUUAUCUGACGCACUCCAAUCAAGAGCCCAGACCGACCCGGACCAUAUUCUCUAUGUCCUACUGAAUGCAAAGGGCGUAGCAGUGUGCACGGCCACGUGUGCUCAGCUGCACAAGCGGGCAGAGAAAAUCACAGCCACCCUAAUCGAGCGAGGAGGCCUCAACACCGGCGACAAUGUGGUGCUGCUUUAUCCCCCAGGCAUUGACCUGAUAGCUGCCUUCUAUGGCUGCCUUUAUGCCGGCGUCAUCCCUGUGACUGUGAGGCCGCCCCACCCACAGAACCUGUCCGCGACUCUCCCCACUGUUCGCAUGAUCAUUGACGUGAGCAAAGCAGCCUGCAUCCUCACCACUCAGCCGCUCAUGAGGAUCCUAAGGUCCCGGGAAGCUGCCGCCAGUGUCAAUGUCAAAACAUGGCCCACCAUCAUCGACACAGAUGACCUACCCAGAAAGCGGCCGCCACAGCUCUACAAGCCCCCAACAGCCGAGAUGUUGGCUUACCUGGACUUCAGUGUGUCUACCACAGGCAUGUUAACUGGAGUAAAGAUGUCUCAUGCUGCAGUCAGCACUCUGUGUCGUUCCAUCAAGUUGCAGUGUGAACUCUACUCCUCACGCCAAAUAGCCAUCUGCCUGGACCCAUACUGCGGCCUAGGCUUUGUCCUGUGGUGCCUCUCCAGUGUUUACUCAGGUCAUCAGUCAAUCCUCAUCCCUCCCCUGGAGCUGGAGAGCUCACUUCCUCUGUGGCUGAGCACCCUCAGUCAGUACAAGAUCCGAGACACCUUCUGCUCCUACUCGGUUAUGGAGCUUUGCACCAAAGGCCUUGGAACCCAGACAGAGCUGCUGAAGGCACGUGGUGUAAAUCUGUCGUGCGUGCGCAGCUGCGUGGUGAUAGCCGAGGAGAGGCCCAGACUUAUCCUCACGCAGUCUUUCUCCAAGCUUUUCAAGGAUGUCGGUCUGUCGUCGCGAGCCGUCAGCACCGCUUUUGGCUCCAGGGUCAACCUGGCCAUCUGUAUGCAGGUGGGAAUUCUGACAUUCAGGUCAUUCAGGUUUAUGCAUACAUUAGUGCAUCUACAUGUUUCCUUUUUUGUUUUCCUGGCUGUGUUGCAGGGCACAGCUGGACCAGACCCCUCCACUGUCUACGUUGACAUGAAGUCGUUACGCCAUGACAGGGUGAGGCUGGUGGAGCGUGGAGCACCUCAGAGUCUUCCACUCAUGGAGUCAGGCACUAUUUUAGCGGGGGUGCGAGUCAUCAUCGUCAACCCAGAGACACGAGGACCGCUGGGAGACUCCCAUCUUGGUGAGAUCUGGGUCAACAGUCUCCACAGUGCGAGUGGGUACUACACUAUCUAUGGCGAGGAGAGCCUGCAGGCGGAUCACUUUAACACCAAACUCAGCUUUGGGGAUCCCAACACGCUGUGGGCUAGAACAGGGUACCUGGGCUUCAUCAAGAGAACCGAGCUACUGGAUGCUAGUGGAGAUCGCCAUGAUGCCUUAUUUGUAGUGGGGUCCCUGGAUGAGACGCUGGAACUGAGGGGCUUACGUUACCACCCCAUCGACAUUGAGACGUCCGUAUCUCGAGCUCACCGCAGCAUUGCAGAGAGCGCCGUGUUCACAUGGACUAACCUACUGGUGGUGGUGGCCGAGCUGAGCGGCUCCGAGCAGGAGGCAUUGGACCUGGUUCCCCUUGUCACCAACGUGGUUCUUGAAGAGCACUACCUUAUUGUGGGCGUAGUGGUCAUCGUGGACCCGGGCGUGAUCCCCAUCAACUCCAGAGGGGAGAAGCAGCGCAUGCACCUGCGCGACUCCUUCCUGGCCGACCAGCUUGACCCCAUCUAUGUGGCCUACAACAUGUGAUCUGAGAGAGAGGAACAUUACGAGAAAUCAAACCGUGCUUCCUUUGUCUCCCUCAUUAGUCAUCUUUUCAAACUAAACUGUGUUUAAUUGCUUGUAUUCUUCCAUCUAUUCAUUGCUCUCCAUGUAAACAGUUCAUCAACACAUUUAUUUUCUUUAACGUUAUUCCCCCUACACCCUCAUAAAAGACCCUCACUUCUCAGUAGCAGGGAGGCGCAGCGAUUGAAACUACAGAGAAGAACUUUCCUCCUUCCCCUUGCACUUUAAGUCCUCGCACCUCCGAGUCCACCUCCUUUCUGGCCAGAAGGGGACACGCACAUUGUUUGCUUUGCCAGGGGCGAAACCUCCACUUCAGUAUUAACAUGUGCUGCCAGCCUGGGGUCCUGACAGUGGCAUUGCAUGUUACAAAAUGUUCUGAAAAUACACUGAGGCUGGGGUCCAAUUGCUUUAUGACCGUUUACCUGCUGAAAACUGAAUUUUCUUUUGCUGCGGGUAAUAGCCAACACUAUGUUGAAUAUAUAAUUGAGCAGGGUUUUCAAUUGACAGCACAAACUGGGUGAAUUUCUGCACAAAUCUUGCACAAAGGAGCCUUUAGCUGAACAGCCCACUGCAUGGUAAGGCCAUGUUCACACCCAUGCGGAUAUUUACAAAAAUAUAUGCCUUUCAAGUAGACAUAUUUUGCAUUCCCCCCAAUUCAAAGCGAUUCCUAGGUGUCUCAAUAACAUGCCAGUAACAUGUUUUCAUCAAAAUAACCAAAACAUAAAACCUUGCAUCACAUUUUACCCUCCGUAGUUUUCCCUUGUUCAUAUGAACCUGUUUUCAAGGUGCAGUCUUUUCUCCUGUAAGUGAGCCACUGUUUCCACUCCACUCUACUGCUUCAAUCAAGUAUGGCGUCUGUUACCUUGAUGCCUCGCUUGUGCAUCAUGACAAGACAAGCAGCUAUUUGUUGUCAAAGCAAGCCCACAUGAUGACCAUUUGUGUGUCCACUGGUGGAGAGCACUUAAUCACCAAGCUGCCAAAUUACAUUUUUCAAUUAUUGCAGUGGGGCGGCUCGGUGACGCACUGGGUAGCACAUCCGCCUCACAGUUAGGAGGGCGCGGGUUCGAUUCCACCUCCGGCCCUCCCUGUGUGGAGUUUGCAUGUUCUCCCUGGGCCCGUGUGGGUUUUUCUCCGGGCACUCCGGUUUCCUCCCACAUCCCAAAAACAUGCUUGGUAGGCUGAUUGAAAACUCCAAAUUGUCCCUAGAUGUGAGUGCGAGUGCAAACGGUUGUUUGUCUCUGGCAACCGGUUCAGGGUGUCCCCUGCCUACUACCCGAUGACGGCUGGGAUAGGCUCCAGCACGCCCGCGACCCCCGUGGGGACUAAGCGGUUCAGAAAAUGGAUGGAUGAAUUAUUGCAGUGGAUCUCUGCAUGAGGCGCAUGCAGCGUCCAUAUUGGCAAACACAAAUUUACCCCCCAUGUUGACAACUUAGCUCAACUUUCGAGUAAGUGCCAGUUAGCACAGGCUAACUAGCGAUCCACUCUGCUUACCUUUUAGCUGGGCAUUGUAGUGUUCUGUGUACUCAAGGGGCCGGACUCCAACUGUGACUUAAAAAUAGUGGAUUGUCAGACAGCCUAGCUUCCCAGUCAUGAAUGGAGAUACUCAGUGUGGGGAUGAAAUUAUGCAAAUUAGCAGCACUACUAGGUUACAGUCUCGCAAAAUUCAAAAGGGCUUGCUCACAUUUGGGAAAAUAGGCAGCUAACAAAGGAUUUCUGUGGUUGUUUAAUUUCACACUUGAUAGGUGUGUUGUAGAUGUAUGUUGUAAAAAAAUUGGAGCUUGGAAAAUAUAAUUUUUAUUGUAUUCUUUUAAAUAUCAAUGUAUGUGUGGACCUUAAGGGCUCCCACUUGACUCAACUGGUCUCUUGCUAGAGUCAAAACUGAAUUUUAUUGCAUUUUUAUUACAGACUAAACAGCCUUGAAAUACAUGACAAGUAAUCCCUUUUAGCAAAAAUGCAAUAUGUCUAACAGCAAGGGAAAUGUAUGUUCUAGACCAUUUAUUAAGGACCUUCAAAUUGCUCUAGCCAACGAGAAAUAUGGCAACUGGAUGUAUUAAAGUUAAAUGCAACAAAUGACCCAUUGAAAAACACCCGGAUAUCAAAUGACGUUUUAUCAUCACUGUAUUAAAAAGCAGACUUGCUGGACAUUUCAGUUACAAGUCCCAAUCUCAAAUCCAUUGUUAUUUUUUUUGUUUUGUUUUUAACCCCAGAUGUGGAUGACUCUCAAUGACAUGGUCAUUGCUAGCACAUGUUCGCAUUGUGUGCAGUCGUUUUUACGAUGCUCAAAAGCUGUCCUAUCAGCGCUAGUAUGCUGUUCAAAUAAGUUGCUUGUUAGGAGGCAGAGUUGUGCCUUUUCACAAAAAAGCUCCAUUGUGACACAAUGGAUGAAGGAGUCGUAUUAUUAAGAGAUCAGUGAGUGAGGAAACAACUUUUUGCCUUAUUGAAACUCUUGGAACUUUUAAUUUGAACCUUCUCCAAUCAUACUGUUCAUAUCUCUCGCUCAUGUCGUCUUCACGUAGUCCAAGGCUUAAUGAAUGUCAAACACUUGAAAGCAAGGUAGGAUGGCCGAGUGCUAGUUGUAAGCAAGUCAUAUAGCAAGAUAUAUUAACAAAGUUGUAGGGGAUCAAUGAGGGGAUAAGGAUGUCAAUUUGUAAUCUGUGUGUUAGGUCAAAUACUGUUAUCAGCUGGUGUUACUGUGUACAUGCAAAUAGUCUACACUUGACUGGUCUUUAAUACUUGACAGCAUUUUUCUGCUUUCAUUUGAAAAACAAAACGAAGAAAACACCAGACUUAUUAGACUAUUCUGGCCGGAACACCAUGCACUUUUCACAAUACUGGUGCGUACGUGCGUGUGCGGUAGAGCGCGUGCGUGCUUUUAUGAUGAUAUUGUUUUUUUAAGAAAUUUGAAACUUCUUUAAUGAUUUGAUUUGUUUUCAUCUUUUAUGUCACCACCACUGUAAUUUUACCUUUUCCAUCUAACUAUAGAAUUUAAAAUACAGGAUCUUAGAGUUUUAAUUGCUUUUUUUUUCUUAGUGUGACCAACGUCACACGUUAACACGUUAAGUGACAUGUAUGCAACAGGCACGUUAAAAGCACUCAUGCACCAGUGAAGCAUUUGAGUCACUUUGUGACUAUUCUUCUGUUGUAACUCUUACAAGUUUUUAAUAAAGUUUUAUAAUUUAAUGUCAACCUUUUUCGGUGCUAUUCUCUUAGAGAUGUGAAAAUGUCCUCUUAUACUGUCUGGAUGUUCAUAAAUUGCUGUUCAUUACAAUGUUCUACAAGGGAUUGUCUUCAUUAACAUUCAUUCCACAUCUCCAAAGUAAUUCCAAGCACAGGCUGUUGUACCCACAAUGUAUACCUCAACAAUGACUUGUCGCCUCACUAUGCAUCGAUGAGCCGCAAGCAGUAGUUUGAUCAAUGGUGUGAUUUCUUCAACGCUGUCUUGACAAGCAAAAACAAAGAUUUCAUGCUGUCGUUGGAUGUGGUUCAUGUGAAAUAAAUAAGAUGCUUUGUCAGAA